UCAGCUCGCGGUCACACCUGUUAGGUGUUUCUCCGCUCCUGCCUCCGCCCGAGCAAACGCCUCUUGCACCACUGGGGACCUGGGUGCAGAGCGCGGGGGAAGGGGGCGGAGAAGCAGGGCCCGGCCUUCUCCUCCUGCGGACCCCGCGGGAUCUGCUCGGAGAGUGGAGCGGGGAGGGGGCACUGCGAGGCGGGAGAGGUUGAGACAGGCGGAGAGGGGCAUGGGGAGGGCCCGUGGAAGGGGUGUCACUGCUCGCUUCACGCUCCAAGAGGCUGCAGCAGAGGCGGCGGGGCUGAGCCGCGGAGGAGACGGGGUUUGUAGCAGCCUCCGCAUUUCUCCUUGCAGCCCCAGCGCCACCGCCCCUCGCCGGGCCGCGGCGCGCGUUAGGCCGCGCAAAGUGAGCGCGGGCGCCGGCCGGCUGCACCUCACCCGGGACCGGAGGGCAGGGCGCGGUGGGGCCGCGGCGGGGGUACUGCGCGAGCCGGGCGGCCCGCGCGUCUCCGGGACGCACCAGCUGCGGCUGCCACCGGGCCGCGGCCGGGACGGAGCACCCUGCGCGCCCCCCGGGGGCCGGCAGCGGCCGGGAGGCGGCGCGGGGCUCGGCUCCUCCGCCCCGCAGCUCCGCGCACCCUGCAGCAGCGGCGGCGGCGGCGGCGGCGACGGCGCGGGCUCGGGCGCCCGGGCACCCUCCGAGCCCAUGGCGGGCAGCGAUGCGGGCGGCGAGGGUCGGGCGCGCAGAAGCGGCGCCGCGCGGCGUCCGGGGGCCCCCGGCGGGCGGGGAGGCGAGGCUGCCGCCAGCAACCCGGGGCCGCUGUCCACUGCUGAAGCGCCGGCGGACGGCGCUGCGCUGCCCGCCUGGAUGCGCCUCUACUUCUACGGGAUGCACGGGAUCACCCUGGACGUGCUCGUGUCCGCGGUUCGGCGCUUCGCUAGCAGCCCGGACCUCCGGAUGCUGGGCUUCUCCUCGCCCUACCGCUGCCUGCUGCACUCGCUCACCCACUUCGCCCUGGAGAAGGUCUACCUGCAGCAGCGGCGCUGCCCCAGCGCCUUCCUCUUCAAUUUUCUCCUCUACCCCUCGGCCCACGUGGCGCUGCAGACCCUGGCGGGCCAGGCGCUGCUGCUCGGCCUGCGCAGCGGACCGCGGGGUGCGGCGGCGCCGGGGACACUGGACCUAGCGCUGCAGUAUGUGCUGGCUCUCUACCACUGCCAUGUGUUCCUGAAGCGCUUCCUGCGCUUGCGGUACCGGCGGCAGCCAGAGCAGCGGCAGCAGCCGCAGCAUCGGCCCGGCGCGCCCCCCGCCCCUCUGGGCGCCCGGGCCCCUGUGGUUGCAGGUGGCCGGAGGCGACUACCCCGAGACACUCGGGGCGUCGGAGGAGCCUCCGGUCAGGGGCUGCCGGACCUGCUCCGCUUUCUUUUCUUCGGAAUGCACGGCUUUUUGGAUGAGAUCUUCUUCACUUUCUUCUUUAACUUACUGGGGCAGGGAGACGGGGCCACCAGCGGCCACACGUCGCUCUGGUCCUUCUUUAUUUAUGGCAGCUGCAGUUUUGUGGUGGAAAAGCUCUACUUCCACCUGCACUGCAGUCGUGGCUGGAGCGCUUGGAAGCGGGUGCCCAUCUACGUGAUCUUCGUCUAUGUGUGGGAGUUGUCCUGGGGCCUGGGACUCCGCAUGUGCGGUGCUUGUUCCUGGGACUAUUCUCACUACCCGCUCAAUUUCAUGGGCCUCAUCACCCUGAUGUAUUUACCUGGUUGGAUAUUUCUUAGUGUGUACCAGGACCUACUCUCCAACGUGUUGUGGCGGGUGCAGUACCUACCGACCAAAUGAGACAAAACAAAACAGAACAAAAGUCACCGGAUUCCCACGAAGCAAUUCGAUUUACUUUUACACGUUUAAAACGGAGUGGGUUUUUUUAGCCUUUUAAUUUUUAUACGUUUUACUAAAUUCUUACAAUAGGUUUUAUUGGACCCUUUAGUUUUUAUGACACUUUGGAACCUAUGCAUAAUAAUACAAUAUUUCAAAAUACUGCUCAAGACAUAAAGUGCUUGUCAAUAUUGAAAACCCCUUACAAGCCCAAGCAGUAAAACCAUUAUACCUUAACUUCAGAACCUGUAGUAUGUUCACUUUUGGGGGCGUAGGUGGGUGAUAACUACUAAUUUUUUUUUUAAGUGAGGAGGUUAUUCAGAUCAGAAAUCAGUGAUCUUUACAAGAUUUGGCGAAAUUUUCUGAUUUAAUGGUUUGUUUACUUUCUUUUUAAUCCAAUUUCAUUUUAAUUCCUUGCCAUACUUGCCAAUCCCUGCUGAAACUCAGUAUCUUAUACGUCUAAAACUACAGUUAAUAGCUCUUAAAGUGCCUCCCUCUAGUACACAAGUGAAAAAGAAACUGACAAAUGUGAAAACACAUCCUAUGGAUACAUUUUUAAACUCAGACAGGUGACACUGUGUUAAGAUAUUUGAUCUCCAUCCUGGAAAUGAUUGUUUUCCAAUGUGGAUUAGCCUUAAAUGCCAAGUGUGUUAACAUUGAUUAGAUUUUAUGUUAUCUAUGGCUGUAAAUUUUUGUUGUAAAAUGUUUACCUUGUAUGCCCAAAGUCCAAGCAAAGUUAUACCACUCAAUAGUGUUCUAACCCUAAGGACUUUUGCUACAUGGAGCUUCAAGAAUAGAAACGAUUCCUUGGAAUAAAAUGAACCUAAGUGUUCAUUAUACUCACCUUUGGCCUAAUUGUUUACUGUGACCACAGAUACGUGUUUUCAGUGUACUUCUGCCACGGCUCACUUGUAAACAUCUUUCUUUUUGCUUCUGGGCCCACAGAGUUUUGGGGCCAAACCUUGAUGUGGUAAUGUGCAUUAUAAAUCUGUGAUAGCUUUAUGGUGACUCGUUAUUAAUGUCUGGAAGCUCCAAAGUUAAAUGAGAUGAUAAAAACCAUUUUAAGAAAUCAUGUCUAAUUGAUUAAUAAUGUACUUUAAGAUUGUUUGUUGUUUUUAUUAUAGUGAGAAAAGACAAGUAGAAUUGAGCGUGGCUCAGCGAAGGAUGACUAAUACCUUCUCAGUUUUUAUUACAAAGGUAAUUAGAAAAACUUACAGUGUGUACAAAUGAAUAGUUUCUGCAUCAAACUAUUAGCUCAUCUGUACUAUGAAAGGGGCUUAUUUCUGUUUUCAGAAAAUGUUUGCUAUGGUAGUAAAAACGAAUAUGUAUUUAGAUGGUUUUCAGGAAUAAUUUUGAGAAUGUUAUUUUUUAAUCCAUUCUCUGAGGAUGCAAGGUAACUUAUAAGUAAUGCAAAAUAAUCAACCCUACCUGUGAAAUGGAUCGUGUCACACUGAAUAUUUUAGCUGGCCAAAGUUGAAGAGCAGCUAUUGAAAGUAAGCUAAGUGUUUGCAGAAAGUAAAAGCGUCAGCUUAUGACACUUGGCCAUAAAGGAUUUCUGAAAGCCUUGGCGUGGACAAAGUGUUAAGUAUGGACACUAAAGUUAGUCAGAAACUGAGCAAAAUAUUUGUAAUACAAAUGUGACACACACACCGGAAUCUGAGUGAAGUGUGGCACCACUCCACACCACACAUUCCCGUGAAUGUUUAACCACAUCCUUGGCUUCUAGAAUACUUGUUAAAUGUACAGGUUUGCACUCAUAUCCUCUCCUGCACUCUACUGCUCCUCAUCCCUGCUUUCCUGCUUACCAGCAUUCUUGGGGUAAGAAAUCUGUCGAGAGGUGAGAAAGAAAGCCUGUUAAUCCUAUUUUAAAAAUUUUUUUGUGUUUUAUUUUAUAUUUGAGAAAGAAAGAGGCAGAGCAUCAGCAGGGGAGGGGCAGAGAGAUGGACACAGAAUUUGAAGUAGGUUCCAGGCUCCACGCUGUCAGCACAGAGCCUGACGUGGGGCUCAAACUCAUGAACCUCUAGGUCAUGACCCAAGCUGAAGUUGGAUGCGUAGCCGACUGAGCCACCCAGGCACCCCAUGUUAAUCCUCUUUUAAAGAAAAGGUCAGGGUUUCCAUUCGUUCAGUUCAUUCAAGAAAUAGUUAUUGUGCACCCACUAUUUGCAAAGCAUUUGUCUAUAUUCUGCAGAUACAGCAAUAACCCAACACAGACAAAAUCUCUGUCCUUAUGAAUCUCAAGCUUAGUGCUUUGAUAAAUUUGAGGCUAUACUUCUUUGCAAGGCUACUGUUUUAGUACUAGGCAAUGAGAGGCAGUGGCUAGGAGGGUUCCCAUCAGGCCUAUCCCUGGAAUAUCAAUCCAUCAUCUCUAAAACAAAAGCCCAUUAACAGCCCCUGGGCUAGUUCUACAAAGACUUCAUUCAUAUGUAUUCAGGAAGUGAUUAUUCUGACUAUUAACUCAGCACCUUGCUGUAGGGCAUCUCAUUACAUGUUUACUCAAUUUCUUAAUUGACGUUUUGCUGUAACUGAAACUUCAAAGAAAAAACAGGGAAAGAACCAUCACAUCAAUCAAUUCUGUUAACUUAUUAGCAGUUCAGCUAUAGAAGUGACAGGUCAAUAUAAUAAUAUUUAAGUAACACCACCUGCCAAGAUGUUGUUGCUCUAUUAUAUAUAUAAAAUCUGAAGUAAAUAUAUGUAUAUAUCCAUGUAUAUAUCUUAAAUGAAUAUAUAUCAUAUAUACAUCUUAAGUAGAUAUAUAUAAUCUGAAGUAAAUAUAUAUAGUUUUAAGUAAGAUAUAUAUAAUCUUAAGUAAAUGUGUACCCAUAUAUAAAAUAAUACAUACAUAUAAAAUAUUAUGUACAUCUUAAGUGUAGAUUUAUAUACAUAUAUAUGUACACACACACACACACACGUACUUAAACCUCUAGCAAAUCUCCUCUUACAAAUGAAGACCCUGAAACUCCAAACUGCAGCGUUUAAGUACUGCCCAAGUCAUACAUACAGCUAUUGAAUAUUUAGACUUGAAUCCAAGUACACCGUACUCCAGCAUCUGUUCGUAACAGCAACACUGUCAUGCCUCUUUGUACGGACCCCUCGGAUUUUGGAUCUUCUGUGGAUUUCACGUUACAAUUUGUAUCGCUCUUCCAUUCCACUAACAGGUGCAGGGGAAGACGCAUCAAAGCCAGGCACCAGUAACAAAUCCGCUUUUUCACGUUGCCCUUUUAUUCCCUGGAAAAUAACAAUGGAGCGAAUACCAAGAUGCAUAACUGAAAAUCAGCCUAGUUCUAAUCCUCAGAUGAUAGUCUUUAUAUUCAAGCAGCACUCUGAAAUGAGUUCUUUAUUUGAAGUCAGAUAAUCUUGAUAUAAGAAUACUACACCAAAAGACAUAAUAUCUUAUACCACAAGCUAGGAAAAACACAUACAAUUACUGCUACAUAUUUAACAUAGCGUUCUGAAUGAGCAUCACUGUAAGAGCUAAACAGCCCAACAAUUAAAAUUCAUUUUUUUGCAGAGACAUUUAUUCUGAGUUCAGUUAAACACCUUAGCAUCUAUUAAGUCCUUAACAGAAAACAUGGGGGGAAAGUGACAACUAUGGUUUUUGCCCCAUAUUUAACUUCUACAGCCCUGAAAUUUUCUUCUAAAAGUGCUUUAAAUUUUAAGUCAAUUCUAUCUAGGCACUGAAUCUAAAGAGAGAAAUAGAACCUUUUACAUUUUUCAUGUUAACAAUGAACAUAGAAGUUUCUAGGUUCUGUAAAGACUCCAAUAACAUUGAUAAUCCAUUUCAACAUUUCAGACAUUUCAAUGACUCAGUGUACUUAACUUUGAACAUUAUCAAUGUUUGACAUUUCAUGUUUCAACUCAGCAAAACACAGCUUAGAAAAGUAUGACCUGUCCUUUGUUGUUUAAGAAACACUUCUAGUUGUUAAUAAUAACAACUAGAAUAACAGAAAAAAUAAUUUUUCUGUACUGUUUUGAAAUAGACUCCAUUAACGUAAUGGACCUGGUUCUGUUUAAGUGCGAGAGUGAAGAAUUUUGGUAGACUGUUCUGGUUCUUUUCCCACUUCCCAAAUACAUUUAAAAAUCAAUAUACUUGGAAAGGAAGUUAUGCUCCAGACUUGGAGUGAUAAAUCAUUGUAUCGUAAUAUCUGAAAGCAUUUUAAUAAAAUCAAUUUUUGUUUAUAUUAAAAGGCAUUAAAAGACGUUACCUUUUAAAUUAAUUUUAAAUAUACUAUCUCCAAUAUAUUUUCCAACAUUGCUUAAUGGAACUAAGCUCCUUUACUGAAGGAAAGUAAGAAGAAACACUCUUCCCCUCCCUCCAUCAAACACAUGCCUCAGUUUAUGCUGAAGGAAAAGAUGGUUUCUGUUGUGUUGCCAGUUUUUUUUUUUUUUUCCUAUUCUUAGACUUGGUACCAGAGGAACCAACAAAAACAGCAACUGUUUGUGUGGACCUCUCUAUUCACUAGAAUUGGCCCCAUUCUGAUUUUUAACAUUGAAGCAUGAAGCUGUCACAUAGGCAGUGGCUUUCCAGAUACUAGCACCCCAAAUUAUAAAUUAACCUGGGAUAAGUAUAGAGAAGUUUUUCCCUAGAGAUUUUUUCUCUUAAUACAAAGAUGAUAUAAACACACUUUUUUCUCUCAAUUUUUAAAUUUCUCUGCAGAAAUGGUCAAUUCUUAGACAAUCGUUAGAGAGAAAGAGAGGGUGAGAGUAAGGGAAUGAUCUUUGACUUACAGAAAGAUUUUAUUUUCAUCUUUUAACAAUUCCAUUAGAAUCAAAACAUCACAUGGACCAACUUUCCCAUUUAGAAAAAGUGUAUCUUUAUCAUGAUUAAGGAGAAUCAAGGGUUGAAAGAAACCAUAAGGGUUAAUAACAUCCAGCCUUCCAUCCAAGGCAGGAAUUUCUGACAACAUCUCUGACAGAUGGUUUCUCAACUCAGCGUGGACUAUUCAAGGCAGUAUUAAUUAUGUUUUUCAUGCAAAGACCGAAUAUGGGGUAAGCUGUCAACAGCUGAGCUGAUAAACCUCACUGUCUAUCAGUGAAGGAACAAGGCUUUUCAAAGCUUUCAGGAGCUAUAGAUCACUCAUCCUGCUGGUGUAUUGCAAUGAAACAUUUUAUAAGACUGUUUUCUCAUCAUUAAAAAAUAAUCAAUGUUUCAUUCUUUCAUCGUGAUACAUAUGGUCUUAUAUCUUUUCUAAUAAUGAUGCUUCCUUCACAGAGUCUAAGCAGCUGGGCUUUGAGAACUUUGACAGUAAUUGACAUUACUUCAGAAAAAGAAGAAAAAAAGAAACAUUGCCUUCAGGUAGAGGAGUAGAAGAUUAAAUAGUAAGGGACCCUGCUUGGUUCACUGGUGUCUCAAUCUGGUUGGACCCAGAAAAAGUCUUGUCUUUGGUCGUUGCUCAGGAUGUCAACUGGUAGGGACAUCCAGGGAGUUUCCUGGUAGCUUCCUCUGACUGACCUAAACAGCUGCAUUAAGAAAGGAAUUGAGGGGGUCCUGGGUGGCUCAGUCGGUUAAGCAUCCGACUUUGGCUCAGGUCAUGAUCUCAUGGUUUGUGGGUUCAAGCCCCGCUACAGGCUCUGUACUGACAGCUCAGAGCCUGGAGCCUGCUUCAGAUUCUGUGUCUUCCUCUCUCUCUGCCCCUUGCUGACUCAUGCUUUGUCUCUCUCUCUCUCUC